AUGAUCUUAGCCAACCUCAAGCACGCUUUGCUGGCGGCGGCCGCAGCAACCACACUCCUUCCGCUCGCCUUCAAGGACAGCGAUUGCAACGACGAGACGUGGUCAAAAUCCGGAAUUACCUACAAGAACGGGAAGGUGCCGGACUUCCACGAUGUGCCCCAGGGCUUUGAAGUCACGGGCCUCGAUUACUGGGACUCCACGGUGCGCAUGUGGAAGGCCGACAGGAGCAGCCGUCCACUCAAGUUGGAAUACGUGGACAAGUUCCAUUCGGACACGAAUGGCAAUUGCAAGGACUGGAAUAAUGCGUGGGUGGCUUGGGAAGUCACGGGCCCAAGCGCACCCAGUCUGCCCCUAAAUACUAGGACCGAGCGAGUAGUGGUGAGGAAGAUUGAUUAA